AUCACAAUAUAUACAGUUAUUAUGAUAAUGGUGACAGCUAUUGUUGUCCUCUUAUUCACUUUCGUGCACGGGAUUUGUGAAUUCUUCAAAAGGAAUUUCUGGAUAAAAUUUACCAUUUUAGGAGUCGGUUUCCUUGUGUUACUGAUAUUCUUAUUCGUGGAAAAAAUUCGAUCUCGACGAGUUGGUGUCUAUGUCAUGUUUUCAAUUGUGAUUGCAACGUUGUCUGUGGGUACUUUAAAUGGGUUCGAUAGUGAAGAUAUUGUGAUUAAAAUUGGUGACAGGACAGUUUUUAAAUGUGGUGUAUUAUCUAGCAAGAUUGUUUUGGAACGUCAAGGAUAUUGGGAAGGACGUAUAAUUAGAGGAAGACAUAGUAUUAUAGAUAUGCAGAAAAGAAAUAAUCAAAUUUUUAUCAAACCGCCAAAUAAUAAUACAAUUUAUCUGAAAUCUGGUAUAGUUGAAAUUGAGUGCAAAUUAAUUAAUCCAAGGACAAAAGAUAUUAUUUUGCAAUUUACAAAAAUGAUAACCAUCACAGGCUGUGAUGAAGUGUAUGGCACAGUGAAUUUAGUUGACGCAUCUGACAUUGUCAUUCCCAUUGGAUCAAAGGAUCAAUUUCAGUGUGGAUUAUUACCUGAAGUGAUUGAAUCACAAUUGAACGGUUAUUGGACUGGUCAACUCACACAAGGAAAGAAUCAUGAGCUUGUGUCUAUGAUUCACAAAAAUGGAAAGGUUUAUAUUAAGAAACCUUCAGAUGCUGAUAUAUUCGAUAUGAGUGGAAUAGUGAAGUUAAAGUGCACUUUUAAAAGACAAGGUGACAAUGUCAAACUAUACGAAUUUGAGAGAAUCAUAAAAAUCACCCGUGAGUGUAUAAAUGUUUAA